CAUUGCAGUGUAAGAAUGAGGGGGACCCGGAAGUGCUGUGGGAAGAGAACGAGCACAUGGAGGUGUCGUCAUCGAGGUGAUGGAGGAUCACCCAGAGCUUCAUUAGGACCACAGGUGUUUUCCUCAAUGGCCACCGGACGUGGACAGUUCCUGCUGAGUCUGAGGCAGGGGUUUGAGAGAAUUCAGCCAGGUAGAAGUGGUGAAAUCUCAGGAGGAAGCAGAAAGAAAAGUCCUACACGUGAGGGCAACAGCAGUAGGAGAAGAAGGAGGAGAUUGCCUCCUGAGAUCAUCCUAAAGAUCUUCUCUUACUUGGACGCAGCGUCUCUGUUCAGUGUUGGCUUUGUGAGCCGUCAGUUUCACGACCUGGCGAAUGACAACGUGAUAUGGUACGAGUUAUACACGUGUGAGAUGAGCAGGAAGAAGCAGAAGCCGAGGCUGUGCGAGACCCCCGACUGUGAGAGCCCUGGUGCAGGACGUCCCGGCGGCGUGUGGAAGAAGCUGCUGUUCAGCGAAAUGGGCUGGCAUAGGGACACGGUGUGGAAGAAGGAUCUGAGACACGUGAACCUAAACACGGGGAUGCCGGAGCACACGAAACAGGUCCUCAGGAGUCUGAAUGUGGUCUGGGAGAUCACACUGACCCUGAAAGGAGGGAGACGGUGCGUGUACAAGCGAUCUCAUGCCUUUUUCUUGGACUCGUCCGUCAGCGUGUGCUGGAGCUACGGCACGUGGCCGAAAAUUCACCGCGUCUACAGCGUGGAGCUUUACGGAGUCCUGGAUUCCUCCACAACUGUAUUAUCCAAGCCACAGUGGCGCUCUCUGGUUAGUAAAACGCUGCUGAGCAGGACUGAGAAGUGGAGGUGUAUUGGGACAGACAGUCUGGUGAAGCUGAUGCAGUUUGAUGAAGGGAUCACUGUGGGAAUAUGGAGAGGGACGUGGGUCAUCGCCUUCAUCAUGGCUACCUUACACUUCCACAGACUGGUGGAAAGGAGUGUUCUCGGGUCUCUGUUCUGCCCCUACAGAGCGGAGGAGAUCAGCCCCCUGCACCCUGAGGUUCCCCAAGGUUCCGGAGUUCAUGGUUACACGGUGCUCGUGCUGCUUCACAACUCAGUGAGACGCAUCAUGCGGUGUCGUUUCUCACCAGUGCUCUGCACCAAAGAUGAGUUCUGUAGUGGAUACGUGCAGCUCCGCCCUCUUAACGCCGGCAUGUCUGAGAAACACACUGCGGUCUCGGGAAAGAUCAGCUUCCCCUGGAGGGCCGGAGAGCUGCAUGGAGACGUCAAGAACUGCUGCAUGAUGACGGUGUCGGUGCUGGACUCGUCUCAGAGGCCGGUGUGGUGCAUCUGCUCGUCCUCCACCCUCCUGCUCAAUCGCUCCCGCGUGCUGAACGAGACCUACGACGGCGAGCAGUUCACCCUGAAGUACCGCGACUCCGAUGGGAAGCUGAACAUGACCCUGGUCUGUAUGCAGGACCUGCAGCUGUACUUCCUAAUCGGCCUUCACAUCUGGAUCCGUGCGGAGAAAGUAAACACGCUUCUGAUUUAGAUUUGUGUAUAUAAAUGAACAUUGGUUUAUUCUUGUUGUAUUUAUUUCGGAGGUCGUACCCAGCAGGGUUCCAGGGUUUCGUUUCGCAUCUGAAGUGUUUUUAUUUCUUCAAAGUUCAUUUCCUACGUGGUGUUUUUCUUUUUUCCAGUCUCACAGCUGGGUGGAAGGUUUGUCUUGUGUUACGAGUUGAAUAAAGUGAGACUGUGAACACGUGA